AUGAGCGGUCGAAGCCGGGGUCGCAAGUCCUCCCGCGCCAAAAGCCGUGGCAAAGGCCGCCCCCGAGGCCGCGUCUGCACGGUUGGCGGCGAGGCCCCGCGCGAGGCGGACCCUCCACAGCACCAGAGCCCGCCGGAGGACGCUCCGACCGCGGCACAGGUGCGGAUGGGCGCGCGGUGGGACGGUGGGGACCCCCAGCUCGGGGCGGAGGCCUCCGGCCAGCCCCCGGCCCGAGCCACGGGGGGCUGCGGGCUGGCCACCCCCAGGCCCGGCCCCCUCGGGGCCUCGGCCCUCACUCAGAGGCUGGCCAUGGACGCUGUGUUCGUGGGAACCGUGGGAACGGUGGCCAGGCGGAAACAUGGCCCCCGCGGCGGAAGUCGCCGUGGCCCUGCUGAGAAGAAGGCCGCAGAGGCGUGCGGCGCAGCGCGGCGGCGGGGGUCUCAGCCCAGAAGAGGGCAGACCACUGCUACCACCCCCAGCACCACCGGCUUGGCAGGGGAGGAGAGGAAUGGUCUGGCACCAAGGCCUCCAUCUGGGCCCCCAGCAGGACCCCCAGCAGAGCCUCCGUCACGGCCCCCAGUCAGCGUCAAAGAUAGCAUGAGCACCCUGGAGAGGGUCCAGCAGAAGUUGGAGACCGUGAGCACCCAGGCUGACCGGGCCUACCUUAGGCUUUCGCGCAAGUUUGGGCGGUUGCGACUGCAAUAUCUGGAGCGUAGGAACCUCCUGAUCCAGAAUAUUCCGGGCUUCUGGGGGCAGGCAUUUCAGAACCACCCCCAGCUCUCAUGUUUUCUGAACAACCGAGAUAAAGGAGUACUAAGCUACUUGAAUAGCUUGGAGGUGGAAGAGCUUGGCCUCGCUAGGUUGGGCUACAAAAUCAAGUUCUACUUUGGAUGCAACCCCUAUUUCAAAAAUAAGGUGCUCAUCAAAGAAUAUGGUUGUAGUCCUUCCGGUAAAGUGGUGUCUCAUUCUACUCCAAUCCAGUGGCUCCCGGGUCAUGAUCUACAACCCCUAAGCCAGGGAAAUCCAGAAAACAGCCGAAGCUUUUUUGGGUGGUUUUCAAGUCACAGCUCUAUUGAGUCUGACAAGAUUGUCGAGAUAAUCAAUGAGGAACUGUGGCCCAAUCCUCUGCAGUACUACCUUAUGAGUGAAAGGGCCCAAGGAAAGAAAGCAAAGGAGGAUGGGCCAGGUCCAGCAAAGCAGCCAACGGAGAGCCCUAAGUCUGGGACAAACCUUUCCAAGUGA